GAUCUGGUCUGGCAAAUAAACCAACUCAGAACUCACAAUUCAGUUCAAUAUUGAUUUCUUAAAUAAUUCCACGAAUCUGCAUUGCAGUAAGAUCUAAAUAGUUUUUUGCCUUAAUUUAUCAUUUUACAACAUGGCGGUGUUUAAAGUCACUAAGUGUCCAACAGAUGAUUUAUCACUGUCUAACUGUGCAGUAGUAAAUGAUGCAGAUUUUCCUGGAGCAAAGCACAUUAGAGUCCAUACGGGAGGAGGUCCAAACUUUGUAUUUUCAAUCAAAUCACAUUCUACUAUUCCAAGAUAUCAUGUGGGAUUCAGUUUACCACAGAGAAAGUGGGCAGUUUUGUCACUUAACCAAGAUAUCAAUGUGGAACCGUAUCACCCAGAUGAAUAUCUAUCAUCAAUUGUUCUGGAAGCUGACUAUAUGCAAAAGAAAACAACUUCCCAAGAACAAUACGACACUGAUGAAAUGGCAAAGGAGUUUUUAUACAGUUUUCCUAAUCAAAUUUUCACAGUUGGUCAACAGUUAGCAUUUGCCUUUAAAGAUAAGAAGCUCUUGCUGCUAGUUAUAAAGGAUAUCGAAGCUGUAGGUAUUGGUGCGAUUAAAGAGGGACGAGAGGCCAAACCAAGGAAGGCAAAGUUAGGUCAGUUAAUUCCAAAUACGGUGGUUCAGUUUGAAAAAGCAGAAAGUUCCUCACUCAAUCUGGUGGGCAAAUCGAAAGGGAAACAAAUUCGUCAGUCUAUAAUCAAUCCAGAUUGGGACUUUCAGAAAAUGGGAAUUGGUGGUUUGAGCAAUGAAUUCAAUGCCAUAUUCAGACGCGCAUUUGCAUCAAGAGUAUUUCCUCCAGAAAUUGUGGAACAAUUGGGAUGCAAACAUGUUAAAGGUAUUUUACUAUAUGGACCACCUGGAACAGGAAAAACCCUGAUGGCAAGGCAGAUUGGUAAAAUGUUAAAUGCUAGAGAACCCAAAAUUGUCAACGGCCCACAAAUUUUGGACAAGUAUGUUGGUGAAUCAGAAGCGAAUGUGAGGAGGCUUUUUGCUGAAGCCGAAGAAGAGGAAAAAAGGGCAGGCCCCAACAGCGGACUACAUAUUAUAAUCUUUGAUGAAAUCGAUGCCAUCUGCAAGCAGAGAGGCUCAGUUGCUGGAAAUACAGGUGUUCACGACACCGUUGUGAACCAGUUACUUUCCAAAAUUGAUGGCGUGGAACAACUAAAUAACAUUCUUGUCAUUGGUAUGACCAAUAGGAGAGACAUGAUAGAUGAAGCUUUACUCAGACCAGGUAGAUUAGAGGUUCAAGUCGAAAUCAGUUUGCCAAAUGAGGAAGGGAGAGUGCAGAUUUUAGAUAUUCACACGGAUAGGAUGAAGCGCUUUAAAAAAAUUAGUCCAGAAGUCGAUUUAUAUGAACUGGCAGUUUUGACCAAAAAUUUCUCUGGUGCCGAGCUGGAAGGUUUGGUCAGAGCAGCGCAAUCAACAGCUAUGAAUAGGUUGAUCAAAGCUUCAAGUAAGGUAGAGGUUGAUCCUGAGGCUAUUGAAAAGCUACUUGUGACACGUACCGACUUUAUGCAUGCCUUAGAAAAUGACAUCAAACCUGCUUUUGGUACUGCUCAAGAAGUCUUAAAUCAAUGUUUGGCACGUGGAGUUAUUAAUUGGGGACCUCCAGUUACGAAUAUCCUGGAGGAUGGUAUGCUAUUCAUUCAGCAGGCCAGAGCGACAGAUACUUCAGGUUUAGUAUCGGUGUUGAUCGAAGGACCUCCAAAUUCAGGAAAAACUGCACUGGCCGCCCAAUUAGCGAAGAAUUCCGACUUUCCGUUUGUUAAGGUCUGCUCUCCUGAAGAGAUGGUGGGCUUUACGGAAACGGCAAAAUGUCUUACAAUUCGUAAAAUUUUUGACGAUGCAUACCGUUCAACCUUAAGUUGUAUUCUAGUCGAUAACAUUGAGAGAUUAUUAGACUACGGCCCGAUUGGGCCCAGGUAUUCCAAUUUGACUUUGCAAGCUCUUUUGGUGCUACUCAAAAAACAACCCCCUCCGGGCAAAAAAUUGCUUAUUUUGUGUACGUCGAGUAGAAGGCAAGUAUUGGAAGAGAUGGAGAUGCUGUCUGCUUUCACCGCCGUUCUGCAUGUACCAAACCUUUCCAAGGCAGAACAUUUAUUGAAUGUUUUAGAAGCUUCUGACGUAUUUACCAAUCAGGAACUGAAACAAAUCACUCACCAGAUACACGGAAAAAGGAUUUUCAUCGGCGUAAAGAAACUGUUGGCUCUAAUAGACAUGGCUAGGCAAACAGACGAGAGAGUUAGAGUCGUGAAGCUCAUCACUAAGCUGGAAGAAGACGGAGCGUUAGAGGACCCAGGUAUGGCCUAAGAGGUGGCAGAAUCUCGUUGACUGAUUCUGUCCCUGUCAUCAAAUAUCCAAGGACAGACAUCCAAGAAACCUAAAAAACUGUAUAAUUUAGUAAUGUUUAAAUUAAAAAUUUGUUUUAGGACUCUCCUCUUUGGAUCUGUAGUUAAAGAAACCCUCUUGAAUAGCUUUAAAGUAAUUCCCUAAUUAAUUAAAUAAAAUUGUUAGUCACAAAGCAAUCUAUUGUGUUAGUAAUAAUUUCUGUAGAUUUGAUGCACAUAGGAUUAGGCUAUUGAUUAUAUCCAAAAAAAAAAAAAACAGAGUUAAAAGGAACUAUGACAUUCAAGCAA